AUGAAGUUCUCACUCAAGGGUAAGAACGAGUCUUCGCCAUUGACGGACAUCUCGAAUGAAUCCACAGAUCGCGAGAAACGCGGCAGCUUUCUAGACGAGUCGCGUGUGCCAUGGGCGACAUGGCGAUCCGUGCUGCUCGGUGCAUUCGUCUCCAUUGGCGGUAUUAUCUUUGGAUAUGACACCGGGCAGAUCUCGGGCUUCUUGGAGAUGCAGAACUACAAGCAGCGGUUUGCGCAACUGAAGCCAGGCGGGGAGUAUAAGUUCAGUAACGUUCGGUCUGGGCUGAUUGUGUCGAUGCUAUCAAUUGGCACACUGAUUGGCGCCUUGCUUGCCGGGCCAUUGACCGACCGAAUUGGACGCAAAUGGUCAAUCUUCUUCUGGUGUAUCAUCCUUCACGUUGGGUUGAUCAUUCAAAUUUCCUCGCCCGGGGGCAAGUGGUACCAAAUGAUGAUGGGUCGCUUCGUCACCGGAUUCGGGGUGGGAGCUUGCUCGCUACUGGUUCCAAUGUAUCAAGGUGAAAUUGCCCCGCGACACAUCCGAGGUGCAAUGGUGUGCUCGUACCAACUGUUUGUGACGCUGGGUAUCUUUGUGGCCUAUUGCAUCAACUUUGGCACGGAGAGCAUGGACAGCUCGGCAUCUUGGCGGAUUCCUCUGGGCAUCACUUUCCUCUGGGGUCUCAUUCUCGGGAUAGGUAUUCUCUUCUUCCCGGAGAGCCCUCGUUUCGACUACCGACACGGCCGGGUCGACCGGGCCCGACGGACCAUGUCCAAGCUGUAUGGCGUGCCGGAGAAUCACCGGGUCAUUGUUCAAGAAGUCAAUGAGAUCCAGGAACAGCUGGAUGCCGAGCAAGGGUCAAAAGGCGGCAUAUACGGAUGGGUGGAAAUGUUUCAGGCGCCGCGCAUGCCAUAUCGAAUCGUCCUGGGGGUUGUGCUCCAGGCCUUGCAACAACUCACCGGUGCCAACUACUUCUUUUACUAUGGAACGGUGAUCUUCAACGGCGCCGGCAUUGACAACACCUAUGUGACGCAGAUGAUUCUAGGUGGUGUGAACUUCGGCACGACCUUUGGUGGAUUGUACGUGAUUGAGCACUUUGGUCGUCGUAAGUCUCUGAUCACCGGUGGAAUCUGGAUGUUCUGCUGCUUCAUGAUCUUUGCCUCCGUGGGCCAUUUCGCUCUGGAUAUCGAAACACCCCGCAAUACCCCAGCCGCCGGCACCGCGAUGGUUGUCUUUGCGUGCCUGUUCAUCACCGGAUUUGCCAUGACUUGGGGGCCGAUGGUGUGGGCCAUCGUGGCGGAAUUGUACCCCUCGCGAUACCGGGCGCGAGCCAUGGCGAUGGCCACCGCUUCGAACUGGCUAUGGAAUUUCCUGAUCGGAUUUUUCACCCCGUUCAUCACGGGGGACAUCGACUUUGCGUAUGGUUACGUGUUUGCGGGGUGUUUGUUCUUUUCGGUGAUUAUUGUCUACUUCUUUGUUCUGGAGGGCAAGGAUAAAACCCUGGAGGAGAUGGACAUGAUGUAUGUGAUGCGAGUGCCGCCGUGGAAGAGCAGCAAGUGGCAGCCCCCCUCGCCACAGGACCGAUUGACCACGGAUCAAUUGAUGGAUCGAAAGGUGGCGAAGAAGUACGACCGGGAAGAAGACACCUCGAACAAGAAAGUCGCCGAGGGAGCUCCAGGACACCUGCAUGCGGAGGACGCAAAUGAUGCCGCUGGGCCUUCGAACUUCUAG